UAGAUUUUGAACCUCCAAAAGAUGGGUGUGCAUAAAUUAAUGAAGCUUAUACAACUCAAUGCAAAGAGUGCCUAUGAGGACAUUCAUUUAGCAGAUCUUCCUAUUGAGGAAGAAACCAACAGCGAUGCUUCCUCUGACACUCAGAUUGUGGAGGAAGAACAAAAAGAACCUGAAAAGCCUGAAAUCAGUCCUAAUGUUGUCAUUGACGGGGUAGUUUUUAUAUAUCAUAGCAUACUGAGGAUUUACCAACAAAAACUGACAAUUUUUGGUAAGCAUAAUAUCUCAAAGGCUGAAAAUGAGUACAAGAAUUUGAUUCAAAAAGACCUUCUCAAUCGCAUUAUUGGGUUCCUUGAAAAAGAAAUUAAGAUAGCUUUUGUGUUUGAUGUCUCUAAAUUCAGUUUAAUGGACGACCUAUCCUGUAUCCAAGAAGUUGGGGUUACUUUCAAGAGGUCUCAGAUGAUCAAAACUAUCCCUCAAGAGCUAUACAUGGACAUUAAGGACAUUCUUAAUAGAUUUGGGGCUGAAUGUUUUGAAGUAGAAAAUAACAUCCAUUAUGAAUGAACUAAAAUUGCCGAAGAUUAUCAAAGUUUAGGAAUUGUAACUGAAGAUCUUGCUUUCUUAGCUUUUGGGGCAUCUGCUAUUAUCAGGUACAUAAACCCAGACAAAGGAUUGAUAAGGUACAUUCACAGUAAAGAAAUUAUUGAGAGUUUUGAUAUUGAUCAAAGACAGUUUGCAGAUCUAUGCAUUCUUUUAGGCUGUGACUAUUCUGAGACAUUUGAGUUACUUAAUACUUCAAAGAUUUUUCAUUACAUUAAGAAGUAUAAAGAUAUUGAUUCAAUUCUGGACCACUUUCAAGCAGAAUCAGAAGAAACUAAAGAUCUUAAACUGUUGAAAUAUAUUUCAAACUAUGAUUAUGGUACUGCAAGGAGUAUUAUCAACCCUGAGGUUACUGAAAAGUCUCAAUCUGAUAAUCAGGAGCCCAUAAUUUCUCACUUUAAAGAGCCAAAUCUCGAAGAAACUUAUGAUCUACUUACUUGAGGGAAAGAUGACACUAAGCUAAAGUAUUUUGCUCCUCAAUGUGCUUUGUAUACAAAACUGAUUCUUGAGAGACUGAAUAAAGACAACCUGAAGUUAGUGCAGACAAAAUUAGAUUGAUUAAAAUUAACUUAA